CCCGAGUCCUGGCUGGGAGUGUCCGGCAGUCCUGGUGCUGACCAGAACCCGGGGAGCCCUCAGGGUGACCCCAGAGACUCCAGGGAGAUGGAAUUUGUGGCUGUAACUCCUGUGAAACACCUUGAAAUAGCAAAUGCACUGGAAAGUGGAAAAAGGAAUUGGUUAUUCCUUCUCGAGGGAGAUAAGGAAAAGUCUGAGAGCAAGAAUUCUGGGAUGUGAGAGGAGGAAAUGCAGGAUCAAGUGUCUGAGUCAGGCUUUUCCAAAUCCUCUGGAAACUCUCACCACAUUAGCUGACAAGUUCUGUGCAGUCCAAGCUCUGGUUGUUGCCUGCCUCUCAUCCUUAAUUUGUUUUCCAGGGAGAUCUGGGCCCCUUCAAUCCUGGUUUGCCAGUGGAGGUGCCUGUGUGGUUGGCCAUUAAUCUGAAGCAGAGGCAGAAGUGUCGGCUCAUUCCCCCAGAAUGGAUGGAUGUUGGGAAACUGGAGGAAAUCCGGGAUCAGGAGCGGAAAGAGGACACCUUCACUCCGAUGCCCAGUCCCUACUACAUGGAACUCACCAAGCUGCUGCUGAACUAUGCCUCUGACAACAUCCCCAGAGCGGACGAGAUCCGGACGCUGGUGAAGGACACGUGGGACACGCGCAUGGCCAAGCUGCGCCUGUCCGCCGACAGCUUCGUGCGGCAGCAGGAGGCUCACGCCAAGCUGGAUAACUUAACCCUGAUGGAGAUCAACAGCACCGGGACUUUCCUUACCCAAGCCUUGGACCACAUGUACAAGCUCCGGACUAACCUCCAGCCUGGCGAGAGCUCCCACUCCCAGGAUUUCUGACAGGGAGCUGGGAAAGAGCUGCUUCAUCUGGCCGGCUCCCACCUCCCUGCAGGGACCUCCCGGCCCCUCAUUCCCCCCGGGGCCGGCUGGGAAUCGCUCCGGAGCAUCCCUCGGUGCAGGCGGUGACUCGCUGGGCGGAUCUCUCGGGUUGUACUUCAGCGAGGGAACUUCUGAGGGCAGCACAGGCCACACGCUGCCUUGAAAGCCAUAAAUUUCGAGGCGGUGCUUCCAUGGAUUUUCUUAGAGCCUUGGGGAAAAAAAAAAAAAAA